AUGGAUUCUGGCAACAGUGGGAGUAUGCAAUCCUCCAGCGGCGGCGAUGACGAGUACGAUUCGCGCGCUGAGUCAAUCUCCGCCGUGCUCAGUAACCCACCGAGUCAACUCGGUCCCAUGUCUAACCCACCACCACAUGACCAUCACCAUCACCACCACCACCAAAUGGACCCUCUAUCAAACAUGUUCGAUCCGUUAUCAUCCAGGCUCACCAACCCAAAUCCGCUCCUCAAUUUCGACAUGAUGUGGUCCAAAACCUUAAGAUCCGACCCCAAUUCCACCGAUCUAGCCGGUCUCAGCCAACCCUUAUUGACCAGUCCCUGUAUCAACCAAUUAGGACAAAGCAGAGGCGGCGCAGCCGCCGGCGGAGGAGGAGGCGGGUCGUCUACUUUUGCGGCGCUUCAGAUUCAACAAGACAUUCAAAACGUUUCUGCCUCUUUUUCGGCUCCCAACAACCAAACCCACAACAACAACAACAACGGUGUUGUGCGGAAUCCGAAAAAGAGGUCGAGAGCGUCGAGGCGAGCACCAACGACGGUGCUGACAACGGACACCACAAAUUUCAGAGCCAUGGUUCAGGAAUUUACAGGUAUCCCUGCUCCUCCAUUUUCUUCUUCCUCACCUUUCGCGAGGAGCAGAUUGGACCUUUUUGGCAGUGCUGCUGCUGCCUCUUCAUUGAUGAGAUCAGCAGGAGGCGGAGGAGGAGGAGGGGGUCUAGGUUUGGACGCUACUCCUCCAUACCUUUUGAGGCCUUUUGCGCAAAAAGUGACGCACCAACCACCAUCUUCAUUGCUUGAUCCUAUUAACUCAUCCUCCACAAAUCACAAUCUCCUCAAUGUGCAAAACCAAAACCCUUCAUCAUCAUCAUCUUCCUCACAAGUUCUCAAUUUCCAAUCCCUUUUUCAGUCCCAACAACAAAGUCCUAAAUACCCAUUAAUGUCCGUUACUUCACCACCUCAUCAUCAUCAAGCAGGCUCUUUGGGGGGUCCUCCUCAUCAACAUUUUGGUUUGACUCAUCAGCAGCAGGUUAAUGUUAAUGCGCUUUCCAACAACAUUGUAUCUUCCUCGGACGCCGCGCUUUCCAUGCACGACACUAGUAAUGGUCCAAGCUGGGGUACUGACAGAACAGGGUCCAACAAGAACAUUGACAGCAGCGACAAUAUCGUUGAUCAUCAAAGACUAAUGAGUUCUAUCAAUGGCAAUUACGGCAAUGGGAAACUCAACUACUCGGCUGUUGGUCCUUCGUCGAAUAUUGUACUUCAUGCCGGCAAUGUGCCUUCAUCUACUGCUGCUGCUGCUGCUACUACCACUCCUCGAAGCGAAGGUAUGGUGGAAUCAUGGAUUUGCUCCUCAGAUUAG